CGUUGAAAUGCAAAAUUCCACAGCAGCCUUGAAAAUGAACUUGUCUGAGCCUCCUUGUAAGUACCAGUGUCCAGGGCUGCUCCUGGAAAAUCUGAAAACCGACUUCGGAUGAUCAGUUCUCCUGUGAGAUUGGGAUCAGUGCUACCAUUGAGACCGAAUGUAUUGAGUCUUACCCCUAGACCUCGUCUUACGCCGCCAUCACGGGCCCUUUCGUUGUCAUUGACCGCAAUGGCUAAACGGAAGAGGUCUUCCCUUCCUGAUGCUGACACCACUGUCUUUACGCCAAAGACAUUGCCAGUCAAUGUCGCCUCUGUGGCCUCGAACAUGAUGCCUCCCAAACCAGUCCGACGGACUAGCUCACGAAGAGCUUCCACCCAAGUUCCUCCUGCCGAUAUCGAUACAAAUCCGUUAACGAAUGACAAGAUCAAGGAUGGGAAAGACGCUCUUCGAGCAUCACCAGAUGCCGAGGAGCCAAGUGCAAGAAGGAAGAAGAGAAAGACCACGGCAACAAAAGGGAAAAAGGAGGCUGAAGCCGUCGGAGGGGAUGCAGAAGUUGAACAACCUGCAAGGCCUGCAAAAACUGCAACGCCUACCAAGAAAGCUGCGAAACAGGAUGAUGUGGACCGUGGAGAUCCAGAAGCAGAGGGCGAAGAAGAUGCAGAUCCUGAAGAGAUCAAGGAAGCAUUAUCACGACGACCACCAGUCAACAGUUCCUACCUACCCCUACCGUGGAAGGGACGUAUAGGCUACGCCUGUCUCAAUACCUACCUUCGAUCCUCAAAUCCGCCGGUUUUCUCCUCGCGAACAUGCCGCAUUGCAUCCAUUCUUGAACACCGUCAUCCUCUGAAAGACCCGACGCAGCCUGAGCACGCGACCAAGAAUCGCCCAGACAAAGACCGGCCCGCAGACAUAGCCCGAGGCCAAGCAUACGUGGAAGCGCUCGGUCUGGCCAAUGCUCGAGACAUACCUAAGAUGCUGCGAUGGAACGAUAGGUACGGCAUAAAGUUCAUGCGUCUGUCGUCGGAAAUGUUCCCCUUUGCAAGUCACGAUGUAUAUGGGUACAAGCUUGCUCCAUUUGCAUCAGAGACAUUGGCAGAAGCAGGAAGUGUUGCAGCUGAACUCAGCCACCGCCUGACGACCCAUCCUGGGCAAUUCACUCAGCUUGGCUCACCUCGCGGAGAGGUUAUCACCGCUUCGAUCCGCGACCUUGAGUACCAUUGUGAAUUGCUUGACCUCCUAAAGCUCCCUGAACAGCAAGAUCGCGAUGCCGUGAUGAUCUUACACAUGGGUGGCGUGUUUGGGGACAAGGCUGCCACCCUCGAACGAUUCAAGGAGAACUACCAGAAGCUUCCUCAAAAGAUCAAAGAUCGCCUUGUCCUCGAAAACGAUGAUGUGUGCUACGGUGUCCACGACCUUCUCCCUGUGUGCGAAGAGCUCAACAUUCCGCUGGUCCUCGACUACCAUCACCAUAACAUUGUCUUCGACGCCGACAAAAUCCGCGAAGGAACUUUGGACAUCAUGAAUCUGUAUCCCCGCAUCAAGGCCACUUGGACCAGAAAAGGAAUCACGCAGAAGAUGCAUUACUCUGAGCCGACGCCAUCAGCCAUCACCGCGCGACAACGACGCAAACAUAAUCCGCGUGUAGCAACUCUACCUCCCUGCGCGGCAGAUAUGGACCUGAUGAUCGAAGCCAAGGACAAAGAGCAAGCUGUCUUCGAGCUCAUGCGGACAUUCAAGCUCCCCGGCUUCGACACGUUCAACGACAUUGUUCCACACGUUCGCAAUGACGAGAACAAGCCAUGGAAAGCACCGAAGAAGCCCAAAAAGAUGCCAAAGAAGAAAAAGUCCAAGGCCGCGGAGGAGGAAGCGGAGGACGAGCUUGAAGACGCUGAGCCUGAAGCGCAACCACCUCCAGUCAUUCCAGACGAGGAAGUCGGCAUGGGCGGGCCUGAAGGCCGCGUCUACUGGCCUCUAGGCAUGGAGGAAUGGCUGCGUCCAAAGAAGCGGGAAGUCAAGCCACGAGACCCGGAGAAGGCUAAGACGACCGCCGAGCGUGCCGCAGCGCGUAGGGCGGAGAAGGCAGCAUGGCAGGCUGCUCAAGAAGCCGGCAACGCCGUCGCUCUCACUGACACCCCAGCCAGUGCAUCUGCAUUUGCAUCGGAGAUUGUAGACGGCAACCCCAGUCUCGACCUCGAGAAGACCCAGUCUGUGUACAGUGUGGCGAAGAACAAGAAACCCGCCCGAGCGCCUCGGUCUGGAGGGAAGGAAAAAAGCGCAAAGUCAGUGCCUACGCCGAGCGAGAGCGAGCUCUCUGAAUUGAGUGACGAGGGCACCGAGCAGGAUGUCGACAUGUCUGAUCUGACUGAUGCUGAGGAGAUUGCGGCUCCAGUGGCCAAGGGCAAGAGAAAAGCGCCAACGCGGGCAACAAAUGGGCGGAGUGUGAAGCGAAAGGCUGUCAACUAUGCUGAGGGCGACGAGGACUGGGAUUAAGUGAAAGUAGAAGUUAUCGUGCACAUUGAAGAUACACUUGUCGUGCUCUGGUGGUACCAGCACCAGCAACUUUUGGACUGCUGACGACACCCUACCGUCUGCGUCAAUGGCCACUCCAUCAUCCUACAUCUCAGUUCCG